GUUUGCUUGCUAUGGAAAAUAAUAUAACUUUGGAUUUAACACAUACCAAUUCAGAUGUUGAUACUUUUAAUGAAGAACAAAAAAAACUUAACCAAAAGCAACAAAGUAACAAUAGAUCUGAUAAUGAUAUAUAUGAAAAGAUUAAAUGUAAAAUUCAAAAUAGUGCUACCUUUUCUAGUUGGAAGUCUUUAGAGAAUGCAUUAAGAAAAUAUAAACUAGAAGUUGGAUUUAAAUUAAUAAAGUAUUGA